CAGAGGGAAGGUCCCCAGAAUUGCCUUCUGCAGAAUUUCUGCAGAAAGUGUCGGCCAGGCCGGCAUGAGGGAAGAAUGAGGGGAAAUCACAGCAAGGAGAAGGAAAAACACCUCAGCAUGGCUUGGGGAAGCAAAGGGCGCAAGUGAUGCUUGUGCCAGCCCACAAUAUUCUUGUCGGUUUCAUUCCAGAACAAUGCCCUCCCCUGCCCAAAUACUCUAUACUAACUUUGACUUCCCCUCUUAUUUGAUUCUCACUUUCCAUCACUCUGUGCCGACCCGUUAUCCUGAACAGACCCUGCGUCACCUCCUAAUUUCCCUUCUUGCAUGUUAGGAAUUCAGGGCUGGGAAAAUUUCGCCGAGUCAUCACAUUUGGCUACUACCCGGGAAAGCAGCCCUCCCGAGUCAGGAACGGGCUCCAGUUCAUCACGUGGCAGCCGCCUGCAGGAGCCGCAGUUCCAUGGACCAAAGACAGAGGGGAAUCCUGAGCCAGCCCCUUUCCACCCCUACUUCCCAGCCCAAGCAGAAAAGGACAUCAAUAAUAUGUUUCUUUUCCAAGGUCUCUUGGAAACUGAGGUUCCAGAAGCGGGAGCCUCUGAAGAAUGUGUUUUUCAUCUUGGCAGAAAGAGCUCGGGACCCCAAUGCUACAAAGCGUCACAUGGCAAUGAGAAGCCUGGGAACCAUGGCCUGUGAAGCCCCUGACAAGUUGAGAAAGUAUAAGAAAAUUGUCCUCGACCUGCUGGUGUAUGGACUGUAUGACCCUGUGAAUUUGGAAGUCAUCCAUGAGAGUAUGAAGACUCUGAUCGUCAUUCUGGGCAAAAUCCAGGGGAAAGGUUUGGGUUCCUUCUUCAUAGACAUCACCCUUCAGACCAGGACUUUAUUAGAUGAUGAGAACGACAGUCUGAGAUACUCGGCCUUUGUUUUGUUUGGGCAAUUGGCUGCCUUUGCCGGGAGGAAAUGGAAAAAAUUUUUCACCAGUCAGGUUAAGCAGACACGAGAUUCCCUCCUGAUCCAUUUACAGGACAGAAAUCCCCAGGUUGCCAAGGCUUGCAAAACAACAUUUCGAGCCUGUUCUCCAUAUCUGAAACUAAAGAAGGAAUACAGCUUCCCGAGUGAAGAAGAUCAAAGGAACACUAAGCUCUACUGGCAGCUGAGCCACUAUCAUCCAGAGAUCCUGCAGUUCUUCUACGCAAAUAAAAUUCUGUAAGCACAGAGCAGCAGGGAAAUGGUUCUAUAUGAGUGCAUUGCUGAGCCAUCAUGUUCCCCUGUUUUAUCUCAAUGGAUGCCUCUUCUGCUUGCCUCUUGGGAUUGUAAUGGAAAAGAAGGUGCUGGGAGAGCAAUCAAACGCAAAAAUAAUACAUGGAAUUGUAUGAUUAUAUCUAAAGUAAAAUUCUAGACUGCUUUCACUUA